AUGGAAAGGGAAAAUGUCCCUCCGGAUGUUGACCAGCAACAGUUACCACAGGCACAGCAUUCCCGGAUACCAGUUAACCAUGGAUUUUUACCACCUCAGCACCAUCCGGAUGGCUCCGGCCAGCCGAUGUUUAUUUCACCACCACCAGUUCAAGUUCCACCGUCGGUCGAUCCCGUAAUUGCACAAUUUAUGCAUAUGAUGCAACAGCAGCAACAACAGCAUCAGCAGUUGAUGGCUCAGUUCUUACAACGGCAGCAGCAGAAAGACGAGCAGCAACAAGCAUUUUUCCGUGAUGUAGUUUCGUCGAUCAACGUGCAAGUACCAUCAAAUCCCGAGCAGAUUCUCGAUUCGUUGGCCAGCAACAUCAAGGAGUUUCGUUACGAGGCCGACAGUGCUGUCACAUUCUCUGCGUGGUACUCCAGGUACGACGAUCUGUUUGAGAAGGAUGCUGCUCGCUUGGACGAUGAAGCAAAAGUCCGGCUUUUACUUCGGAAACUGGGCACUGCCGAGCAUGAAAGAUAUGUUUCCUUUAUACUUCCCACGCUUCCUCGAGAACAUUCAUUCGCCGAUACAGUGGCAAAAAUGAAAGGCUUGUUUGGUGCGAAGGAGUCAGUAAUUAGUCGACGAUAUAAGACACUCCAAAUUGCUAAACAUCCUACAGAGGACCACAUUGCUUAUGCUUGCCGGAUCAAUAAAUCGUGCGUCGAAUUUGAGCUGGGGAAACUCUCUGAAGAACAAUUUAAAUGCUUAAUGUUCGUCUGUGGACUGAAGUCCGAAUGUGAUGCCGAGGCUCGGACACGGUUGCUUUCGAAAAUUGAGGAGAACAAUGAUGUUACGCUGGAGCAACUGUCGAAUGAAUGCCAACGAAUCCUUAACCUCAAACAUGACAACGCCAUGAUCGAGUCCGCAUCGUCCGAUCAAGUUAAUGUCAUCAAACAAAGGUUUAGUGGUUCACGAUUCAACAAGCAGGACCGCUUGCCUAUAAAGCCUCCGGAAAGGGAGAUGAAAAAACAGCCUGAAACACCAUGUUGGUUUUGCGGUUCAUUCCAUUACGUUCGAGACUGUACCUAUAAAACGUAUAAAUGUUCGGAUUGCGGUAAGAUAGGACACCGUGAAGGGUACUGCGACAGUGCAAGGAGAUCACCUAGAGGACGAGGAAAUUCAGCGGUAGCAACUAAAGUGGUCGUCGUUAACGCUUGCAGCGUGCAGAAGCGACGUCGAUUCGUUUCCGUUGCAUUGAAUGGAACACAGGUUCAGCUUCAGCUCGACACGGCUUCUGACAUCACUGUCAUUAGCAGGCAGGUUUGGAGUAAUAUCGGCGGCCCAGUACUAUCAUCAGCAAGUGUGAAGGCAAAAACAGCUUCUGGGAACUAUUUACCAUUAGUUGGCGAAUUUCGAUGUGAGGUUACCAUCGGCGAAACCAGUAGAGUAUGUGUGGUGUAUGUCACGGAUAAACAGCUGCAACUCCUCGGAUCUGAUUUAGUCGACAGUUUCGGUCUGUGGUCAUCACCCAUGGACACAUUUUGUUCUCAGAUUACCGGUUCGCCCACGACCAGUGCAACACUCAAGGCAAUGUUUCCAAAAGUUUUUAGCGAGGAACUCGGACUGUGCAAUAAAACAAAACUGAAACUGGAAGUGCGAGAACAGGCAAGACCAAUUUUUUGUGCGAAACGUCCGGUAGCAUACGCAAUGCAGGAUGCUGUUGACCAGGAACUUAACAGACUGGAAAAACUUAACAUUGUUACACCAGUCGACUACUCUGAAUGGGCCGCCCCCAUCGUCGUAGUCCGCAAAGCUAAUGGAAACAUAAGAAUCUGUGGGGAUUACUCAACAGGAUUGAAUUCAGCUCUUCGAUCGCACCAGUAUCCACUGCCGCUUCCGGAAGAUAUCUUCGCCAAACUGGCAAACUGCAAAAUUUUUAGCCAGAUUGAUCUCUCGGAUGCUUUUUUACAAGUGGAAGUUGACGAGCAGUUCCGUCAUCUGUUAACAAUUAACACACACCGCGGUCUAUACCAUUAUAAUCGUCUUCCACCGGGUGUUAAAGUAGCCCCCGGGGCUUUUCAGCAACUCAUAGAUACGAUGCUGGCGGGUCUGAACGGUGCAUCGGGCUAUUUAGAUGACGUCAUCGUAGGUGGAGAGACUCAAGAUGAUCAUGAUCGCAAUUUGAAGGCAGUCUUACAGCGUAUCCAGGAAUUCGGUUUCACAAUCCGUGCCGAAAAGUGUAGUUUUGGUAAACAGCAGGUUCGUUAUUUGGGCUACAUCAUCGAUCGCUGUGGACUGCGGCCUGACCCAGCAAAAAUUCAAGCAAUUGUCAGUCUCCCGGCUCCCACCGACGUUUCAGGAGUGCGUUCUUUUCUCGGGGCGAUCAACUUUUACGGCAAGUUCGUGCCGAAUAUGCGACAGCUGCGUUAUCCAUUAGACAAUUUGCUGAAAAAUGAGACAAAAUUCAGGUGGAGCACAGAAUGUCAGCAAGCUUUCGAGCGGUUUAAGCAGAUUUUGUCAUCUGACCUUCUGCUGACACACUACGACCCAAAGCAAGAAAUAAUUGUUUCGGCUGACGCUUCAUCGAUCGGUCUCGGUGCAACCCUGAGCCACAAAUUUCCCGAUGGUUCCAUCAAGGUUGUUCAACACGCAUCGAGAGCGCUGACGAAAGCAGAGCAGAAUUACAGUCAGCCAGACCGCGAAGGGUUGGCUAUUAUUUUCGCAGUGACGAAAUUCCACAAGAUGAUUUUUGGUCGGCAUUUCCGUCUACAAACCGAUCACGCACCACUACUCCGGAUCUUUGGUUCCAAAAAGGGCAUACCGGUUUACACGGCAAACCGGUUGCAGCGUUUUGCUCUCAAUCUGCUGCUUUACGACUUCGACAUAGAAUACAUCCCAACCGAUAAAUUUGGCAACACCGACGUGCUGUCCCGUUUGAUCAACCAGCAUGAUAAACCAGAAGAGGAUUACAUAAUCGCCUGUAUCAAUCUCGAACAAGAUGUCAGGUCAGUAGUCACCGAUACGAUUAAUAUUUUACCUCUCAGUUUUAGAGUUGUGGCUCAGAGCACUCAAGCUGAUCCAUUGCUUCGCCAAGUUUAUCGUUAUGUCAAAGAUGGUUGGCCUGUAUCCAAGAUCGUUCAGGCAGGUAUCAAACGUUUUCAAGCAAGGAAAGAGUCGCUUACCGUGGUAGAUGGAUGUAUCCUGUUUGCUGACCGACUCGUAAUUCCGGAACAGCAUCAGAAACAAUGUUUGAAUCAGCUCCACCGAGGCCAUCCUGGUGUACAGCGUAUGAAGGCAAUCGCCAGAAGUUACGUGUAUUGGCCCUCUAUCGACGAAGAUGUCAUCGGUUACGUAAAAGCAUGUCAGCAUUGUGCAUCGGUUGCUCGCUCACCUCCACACGCUGCACCAGUUCCAUGGCAGAAAACUUCCGGUCCCUGGCAGCGGGUUCACGUUGAUUUCGCCGGACCAAUUGAAGGCGACUAUUACCUCAUUGCAGUCGACUCCCUUUCUAAGUGGCCUGAAGUAAUCCAAACCAGGCGGAUCUCUUCAAUAGCCACCAUCAGCAUACUACGGGGAAUUUUCGCUAGACUUGGAAUGCCGGUGACCCUCGUGACCGACAAUGGUUCUCAGUUCACGAGCGCUGAAUUUGCCAACUUCUGUACCAUUAACGGUAUUGAGCACAUUACAACCGCCCCAUACCACCCACAAUCUAAUGGCCAGGCUGAAAGGUUCGUAGACACUUUUAAAAGGUCCGUCAAAAAGAUUCGAGAAGGGAGAAAAACUAUGGAAGAAGCACUAGAUACGUUUUUGCUUACAUACAGGAGUACUCCAAAUCGUUGUGUAGCAGAAAACAAAUCACCAGCUGAAAUCUUGUUCGGCCGUAAAAUUCGCACUGAUCUUGAGUUACUUCGUCCACCAUCCGUGCGUGCAACGAAUGAUAACAACAAUAGAAUCGAUAAUCAAAGAUCUUUCAAUCGAAACGAAGCUGUUUAUGCAAAAGUAUACAACAAAAAUAGUUGGAGAUGGUCCCCGGGUGUAGUUGUGGAGAAAAUCGGUGAUGUGAUGUACAACGUGUGGAUAGAAGGCCGCCGUCUGAUCCGUUCGCAUAUCAAUCAGCUUCGAUGUCGUGUGUUGGAUGGCACAGCGUCCACUAUUUUUGAAGGUUCGCAAACAAAGGAGUUGCAACAGCCUUUCCCACUGGAUAUUGUAUUGGCCCCUUCAGUUUCACCUAAACCAACCGAGGCUACACAUGUAAAUCUACCAGCAGCUGACUCCACUCAGUGUUCGCGCUCUUCGGCGACCUUACAACCAACAACUCCUUUGGGUAAAUCAUCAACUCCGCAACGCCGUCCGUCUUCGGAUACAAUAUCGAAUUUGUCACCUGCUCUGAUGUCAUCUGCGUCCUCAUCGUUAGCAAAAUCAUCCGAGUUUGAGUCGGCAGUCGAGAUGGAACCAGUGGCUACUCUUCCUCGUCGAUCUUCCAGAAUUCGUAAAACACCUCAGUGGUUCGAUCCGUACCACCUGUAUUAA